AUGACCCUACCACACGUGUGGAUAAGAUCAUCUUUGACGGCCUUUCUCCCUGCCCUACGAAUCGUAAUUCUGAUCAUUCGCCCGAAACAUCAGUCUCCCUGCAGAGAAUAUCGGUUCGUAUCGUCUCCGUCCUGUUCGUUUCCCCUCCCUCGGCGGAAAUGGGCAUUGCAAUUUUUCCCUCCCAAAACUGCUUUCAAGGCCGGUUUCGGCACGAAGCCCUGACCCUAACUCCUCUCAAACCCCGCCGAUACUCUAACCCCGACAGCCCUCAGUCCCGCCGGCAGAAGCGAAGUCCUGCUGGGACCCAAUCGAAUUUUGAAAAUCGUAAUCGGAGAGAUGGAUCCGUGGCGGCAAGGUUUCCCGCCAAGAACCUGGUCAUGGGGCAGGUCAAGAUCCUUAAGCGCGGAGAGGCGUUGAGCCAGACGAAGAGUUACGAUAAUCGGAAGCCGAGGGCGAAGAAGGAAAAUGAUUUGAAUUUGGUGUUGCGAUCCACUGACCGGCUUUGUCCGGUCCCGCUGACGGUCCAGAAGUAUAUUAGGGUCUCGGAGUUAAAGGUCGUCGAUGAAAUCUAUGCCGGAUCGGCCUUCGUCGCGUCGCCUCCUCCAAGUUGCCUACCUGUCCCGUGCUUCUUGGGUAGAAACAACGGAUCGGCCACGAGCGAUUUGCGUCGAUUGUUGCGCCUUGAUUCGUUCUGAUCACGAACAUCCCGAAUCAAUCCUAAUUUUGGCUAUUUGGAACCAAUGACUAUCGAAGUUUUAUCGGACACGAUCGUGCUUGUCACCCGCGUGAAAAAUCGGAUGUCUUCCUUUUAUCGGGGAUGGUUUGCGUUGGCUCCCUCAAAUCAUGGUCUUCCUUCUUACGUAUUUUUGUUCAAGAGGAUGGCUUUCGAGUGCGAGCAAAAUGAAGUAAUAAAAGUUGAUAGCAGCGAUAUCUUUCGGCAUGUUCUCAUUGGAAUUUGAACGGCAAAGAUUAGAUCAACCCCUCUUCGCUCCUACUCCUGCUUCUCCUUUUCGAGAGAAAGGAGAUCAAAGUAGUUGUUCUGUUUUCUUGAAGAUUAACACGAUAGAAUGGAUUAAUGUUAGUGUGCAUUCUUGUAAUUGCUUCAUCUUCUAUGCAAGAAUAAAAUCUCUGAUUUGGGUAGCA